UGUGAGCGGACCACUAUUCUUUGCUGCUCUGAUUUGUUUUUUCAAACGUGCUACUGGGAUGAAGCAACUUUCUUCACCUUAAAAAUAGCCAACAGCACAGAUACUCUGAAACUCAGAGCAAAUAGGAUACAUAGGAUAUAUUUAAAUCUUCGUCGUUGGUGUUCAGGAACUUAGAAAGAAAACACAAACGUCUCAUUGUGUACUGUUGUGUUUAAAUUUUAUCCUUAAAAUCCUUAAAACGUGUUUGUUACUGGAGAAAAAAAAUACUGUCCUGAAGUAAGGUAUGACAUAUGUCAUCAGCAAAUUAAUCCGUCUUAUGUAUUACCUCAUUUUAUGUUGGUCAACAAGGAACCUAAUACUGACAUUUUAAACAUGCAUUGAGUUUCCUGUGCUUUCUGACCUCAGUGACUCCGCCACUAACAGCAGCCACUAGUUGCUAAAUCUGGACUGCUUGCUUUAGGAAAGCAGAUCAGCUCUGUGACGUGCCAGGACUGAUAGCCCUGCAUUCUCCACAGACUGCCUGCCUGCAUUGUAGGCUCAAGGGAGAUAUCACGGGCAUUUGGCUGUUGACAUCUUCAGCUUUAUCGCUCGCCAUAAAGUGUUUACAAGAUGAAGGGCUAUCAUGUUGUCUUGUGCUGGAAUAACGCUGCAACCACAAACCUCAUCAAGUUCUCAAAGAUCACUUCCACUGCAAACAUUACAGAACGGAUAUGAGCGGUAGUAGGAAGAACUAUCUAUGUACGCCAUGGCUAAUCUUGUCCCAAGAACCCUUUUUCUCUCAUUUCACCAAACCUUAAAAUCCCACAUGCGAACAGUCUCACUUUCUAAACUUAGAUUAAUAUGUCCUCUUGACUUGUUGCCUGUAUGACAAAUCAUCCUUCAGCAUGUGUUUUAGGGCUAUCAUUGGCCUCUGUAACCAAGGGAAAGUUCAAAGGUCAGGAUUCUCCACAUCAGCUUAGUGUUGAUAGCUCUGAACCAUGAUGGGCCACUAAAUCACUUUAAAUUGGUGACAUCUACAUUUAUCAUGCAAUAAUAGUUGCACUUAUACUGACUUAAACUGGCAUGAAUGUAAGGCUUAUGAGCAAACUACAGUUUACCUUUAAAAUCUAUAUACUUUAUAGUCUUUCUCGAGCAUUUUAAAAUCUAUAUACUUUAUAGCACUUUCUCAACCAGAUCAGGUUGAUUUUGACUAAUGGGGGUAUAUGUCAUUCUCCAGUUAAACUGGCACUAGCCGUUUGACAACAUUCCUAUUGGGCAACAUACACGGAUGCUUAUGAGGUAUAAUUAUCUGCCAACGGAGGAGAUAACAGAUUCCAAGGGGCCAGGCCAUGCCAGAGAGAGUGCUCGCUUGUAUUUGAAAAGAGCUUUUUGUGCUAGCCCAUGUCAGAUAUUAUAUAUAAAAUUCAUAUUUUAAGUAGUCAAUAUCACCUUUACUAUAAUCACUAUAAAUGUAAUUGUCCUCGAAAAGGGUGGGUCUCAAAUCUGUCCCUGGAACACUGGGUGUGAGUCUGGCACCCUUGAUACCAGUUUGGUGUUCAUGGGUCGAGUGAGAGCUUUUUACAUGAGAUCACCUGAAAUGAACCCCAGGUGGAGUUUAUGCUAUAUAUGAAAGUGAUCCCUUCCCAGGGCCGGAAUCAGUUAACAUUAUUCUUAUUAGUUGAAUGUGUCAUACAGGCAUGUUGCGAUCUGCUGAGAAAAUGGAAUGCUUUCUACCAAGAAGUAGAACAUAUAACAUAGGUGACUAAUCAACAAAUCCACUUCUUACCUGCACAAACCUACAUCCUCCUGUAAACAUUAUUAGUACUCAUGCCCCUUCAAAAAAUUCCUUCUAUUUGUACCAUCAUGCCAGAUUAUGUAAACAAGUAAGUUAUUUUGUAAUGCUAAUUUUUAUAUGUCAUUAUCUAUAGCUUUUAUUUGUGGUUGCUUAAUAGUAGCACGCAUAAUAGAAAAAAUGGCAUUUGCAUUUUGACUUUUUCUUCGCUUCCCAUGAGUCCGUCAAGAUCCUUCAAGAGCAAUGUCUAGAAACAUAAAUUAAACAAAUUAUCCUGUGGUUAUAGAAACAUUGAUUAGAAAAACACGUCUGCUGUAUUCCAUUAUGGAAAAUGGCUUGCACCCCCAGAAGUGAUGUGAAAACAAACAUCCAAUGAUGACACCAUACACAAACAAGCCCAGAAUGGAUGUUGGGUUCAGGCUUGAGUAUUGGAGACAAGAAUGAAGACGGAGUUUGUCAAUUGCAACAUCUCAUUAAUGUUUGUUUUUGCAUUCUUCAUUGCUCGAAGAAGGACAAGAUCUCUGAGCGGUUAAGUCGAUGGACUGCAAAUCCGUAGUGCUUUGCCUGUAUGGGUUUUGAAUCCCAUCGUUGUUGGAAGCCAUGUUUUAAAGUUUUUUUUAGUCAGGGUUCAACCCCAACUCUGCUCCCAAGAAAGGCAGGGAAGAAAGGUUAUUAUCCAUGUCUAGUACAAGGGUGCUGUAUCAUGGCUCACGCUGUACAAUUUCUAGUGUGGUCAGCUUGAGGCACUGGACAAGAGAAUGCUGACCAGAGUUAUGGUUCAAACAGUUUUAAAGAUAGGUGUCUUUGAAGAAGCAUAGAUGCUCUGAGGAUAUACUAAACAGGAAUGAAGAGAAAGGUUGGGUAUACGUAGGACUCCUGUUUGUAAAGAAGGAUCCGGCCUCAGUUUCAGAUUCUGUAGUUUCACUGGAAACCUGCCUUGUUUACCUUCCUUCCCCCAGCCCACACUAUAGAGCUGUAGGUCCCAAAUUCUUUGGAUGAAUGUAUAUCACAUACCAUCAUGUUUGAUAUGGCUCUUAAAUGCAACCCUGUUUGGCAUGUCGUAGCCAAACUGAACCCUGACAUGAAUUAGCAGAAUUCUUGCUCAGCUGCAUGUCUUGCAAAUGAGGAUUUCCAAUGGCUCCAGUACUACUCCUUGAGGCAUUCCUAACUGUUUUUUUUUUUUUCAAAUGAUUUGUCUGUCUUGCGAUCUCACGACCUGAAGCAGGGUCAGCAACCUUCUUUCGUCAAACACAAACACAGCAACCUUAUUUCUUUUCAACAGAAAAUGGCUAUAUAUGGAUGCCCAUAGAUGACUAUGUUUAUUCCUUGUUUAUAGCCUUGUUUUUGUUUUUUUUAUUCCCUUGUGUUUUGGUCUUGGCUCGAAAUAAUGGAUUAAAGACUCAAAAUUCUCAGCUGGUUUGUUCUCUGAAAUGUUACAAAGAUCUCCAUCCAUGAAAGCUCUGGGCCUUAAUUGGGUUUAAAUGUGAAAGGGUGAAUGGAUCUGCUUUCGAUCCAAAUGAGAUCACAGGACAUUCAGGGAGUUCUCUAAGCCAUUGUGAAUGCAGUCCCUCAUGCUGUUGGACACUCAUCUCAGAUACUGUCCCUGGUGAGGUUCCAACACGCUUACCGAUUUAUUUCUGGUAACAAAGCUUGGGUUUUGAAAACGAGGACCAAAUAUAAUCUUUCUCAGCCAGUGUGGUUUAAUUUUGGCUCUUUAAACUCUGUGGAAUUGUGUGGUAGGCAUCCUACCUGGAAAUACUGCUUACAUCACUAUGCCUGGAAUCUAAGCCAAAAAUAACAUGUGAUUCAUCACGUACUGUUUAAAAUGUUAAAUAAAAGUAUGCGCACAUUAUUAUUACUAAUAACCCCUUAUUGCACACUGACAGAUACUUGAAACUAUGAUGUCACAAACUUGUUUGAACAAAAUCAACCCAGUUUGGUCCGGAGUCACUUUAAAGUACUUCAUGUCAGUCUUUGUUAUGAGUCUCUUUGCCUCUGGAGCGUGCGUAUGUUGAUAAAGGCGAAUCCUCUAAAGUGCGAAUCCACAACAGAAUGAAAACAACAAAAAUGACUACUAAUCUUCCAAUAACGCAGCUCAGCACCAUACACUAACUUUUUCUCUUUUAUAGGCUGCAAGUUCUAUUGGCUAUUGCCUGUUCUUUGCAUUAAUUUAUGGACUAGUGUACAAAUCUCCAGAAUACGAGUCCCUGGGUUUUGACCUGACUGUCGAGCGACUGGUUUCUAUUGGCUACCCACAGGAACUGCUCGGCUUUGUAUACGAUCGAUCCUUCCCCACAAGAGGUUUGGUCUUUGACACUUUAUACGGCAACCUCUUAAAGGUGGAUGCCUAUGGAAACAUCCUGGUGUGUGUCCAUGGCUUUAACUUCCUGCGUGGACCUGACAUUCGAGAGCUCUACCCCAACAAAUUCAUCCAGCGUGAUGACACUGAACGCUUCUACAUCCUUAACACUCUCUUCAAUCUGCCAGAAACCUACCUCUACGCCUGCCUCGUCGACUUCUUCUCAACCUGCGACCGGUACUCAAGCUGUGAGACGGGCUUCAAAGACGGAGACCUCUUCAUGUCCUUCAAGAGCAUGUUCCAGGACGUGCGAGACGCCGUCGACUGGGUCCACUUUAAGGGAACUCUGAAGGAAAAAACUGUGGAGAAUCUGGAGAAAUACGUGGUGAAAGAUCCCAAGCUGCCUCUGCUGCUCAGCCGCAUGAACGAAGUCAGCAAAGUGUUCCUGGCCACCAACAGUGACUACAAAUACACAGAUAAAAUCAUGACCUACCUGUUUGAUUUCCCUUACGGUCCGAAGCAAGGUCUUCCGCAUCGUCCGUGGCAGUCUUACUUCGAUCUGAUCCUGGUGGACGCACGGAAGCCACUGUUCUUUGGCGAGGGAACUGUGCUGAGACAGGUCGAUACGACCACCGGGAGACUCAAGAUCGGAACAUAUACCGGCCCUCUGCAGCAUGGCAUAGUCUACUCUGGAGGUUCCUCAGACAUCCUGUGUGAUCUGUUAGGUGCUAAAGGGAAAGACAUACUCUACAUUGGGGACCACAUCUUUGGAGAUAUUUUGAAAUCCAAAAAGCGCCAAGGUUGGAGGACGUUCCUGGUGAUCCCCGAACUCGCCCAGGAGUUGCACGUCUGGACCGACAAGAGCUCGCUGUUUGAAGAACUUCAGGGUCUGGACAUUUUUUUGGCAGAGCUGUACAAGCAUCUGGACAGCAGCAGCAACGAGAGACCGGACAUUAGUGCCAUCCAGAGGCGAGUGAAGAAAGUGACCCACGACAUGGACAUGUGCUAUGGCAUGAUGGGUAGUCUGUUCCGCAGUGGCUCUCGCCAGACCCUGUUCGCCUCGCAGGUGAUGCGCUACGCCGAUCUGUACGCUGCUUCCUUCAUCAACCUGCUCUACUACCCAUUCAGUUACCUGUUCAGAGCUGCACACAUACUGAUGCCCCACGAGUCGACGGUGGAGCACACGCACGUGGACGCUGACACAGAGUCGCCUUUGGCCACACGCAACCGUCACUGCAUGGACUGCAAGGAAAUAGACUGCAAACGCAGCCAGCUGACACGCUCCCUGAGCGAAAUCAAACCCCCUAAACUAUUCCCCCAGGUUCCACAAGAGAUCACGCACUGCCACGACGAAGACGACGACGAGGAGGAAGAGGAGGAAUAGACGACUCUCAUUUAGUCAGGCCUGAACUUUUCUUCAAUUCCCAAAGGGAAAAGUUUAACUUUAGUAAAGGGAACAAUAGUAAGGGAUUUUAAGACAAAGAGGAUUCUUAGCGUUAAGUUUAAGUAUAUAGAUUUUUUUCUAACUAUAUGACGUGUAGCAUGUGAGAGCUAAAACGGUUAAGAGUUAAGUUAAGAAUCUUAGAAAAGGUCUCUGCUGACCUGUUUGUUUUUUUUUGCAGAGUUUUACAGUUAACAAAUAGUUAGCAGAAAAAACAGCGAAGCACAUAUUUCAGUUACGGUAAGCUACAGAAACUCAGGCUUAUAUAAGACGUGUAUGCUAAUGAGUUUACAGGAGAUGCACAACUCAUCUUUAAAGGUCAGUCAUAUAUAAAACGACCACACAAGCAGCUAUGCUUCAUGUUAGUUCAUUUCCAGCCUGUUAUUGAUGAAUUGUUUAAACAUCUAUAUAUCUAACAUGAUACUCAUUAUGCAUCACGCUGUAAUUUAGCUGGAAAUGCGUCAUGUUUAAUCUGAUUAUUUUACACCUAAUAACUGUGUAUAGGCAGAAAAGUAACCCCACUGGGUUCACGCUGUUCAUGUUUUAAUAUUUUUUUUUGUUUGUUUCAUUUGAACAUCAUUUGUCUGUACAGCAGAUUUUGGCUAAACGCUGCCUCAUACAGGACUUAGGGGGAAGAGCAAAGCAUUUGUGUUGGCACGAUGUGCCUCUUAUUAGAGAGCUGCUCAUGAUGGGAAUGUAAAUGAAGUCCUGAGGGGGGCUGCAGCACGCCGUGACGGCCAAAGUGACGGCUACGAAAGAAUGCCACUUACACAAGCGCCCCUGUUACUUGGCAACCGCUGUGCCAGGCAAACCACAUAUGGCUAGUUAGAUGUCGUUUUUUUGUUUUGGUUCGUUUUUUGUUCGUUGUUUCUUUUUAAUGGCAGUGAUAUCAAGUUGCCAAGUAUAGUGCUAUGCAGCAAAGCAAGCUUUUCUCAUUCACACAAAAACUCUUUAAAGUAUCGUCAUAUUUUUAUACUCGACAUCUCCGUUCAUGGAGAUAACCUACCAAAAUUUGAAUCUUUCCAGUGCCAUGAUACUAACAGACAUUUCUAGCCAUACCAUUUGCCACGCUGUGCAUAAAAGUGACCUUGAUAUGCAAAAAAAAAAAACCACAAAAAAAUUAAUAAAAUAAUCCUCUUGUAUAUAGUGUACUUUAUAGCUGGUGUGAGUAGAGAGUGUCCAGAAAUAAAAUAUAUGUGGAUAUAUAAAAUAUAUAUGAGCAUCGGAUUUGGAGAGCGUUUAGCUUGGCAGAUUGCAGUCUGAGUAGUUACGCUUAGCGUAUGAUAUCACUGGAGAGUUUACCUCCAGAGGACCAAUAACAUUAAGAGCACUCUGACCAGUGAUCUUCACAACACAGCAAGGUCCCUAUAGCAGAGGUGCCAACAUUUACAGUAAAACUGGUGCAUUUACUGGUUUUGACUCUUAGUCAAUGUGAUACGAGAGACAUAAUAGCUUUUUUAAUGUCGUUUAAUUUUUUUUAUUUUUUUUAUCUUGGAGCACUUUGUACAUUUUCUUGCCAGUCAAUAGAAAACUAGCAGGCAGAACUGAUCUGUUUGGUCGGUAAAAAAAAGAAGGAGCUGAAUUAUUUAUUCCUGCUGUUUGACACAUCUGAAAAAAGUAACCUUAUCGUCCACCAUCUUGCUCGACGCCUGGGGUCCAGUUAGGUGAUUGACUUACAUGAUUAAAAGGUGAUAAAAUUUAACUACUGGCAACCACUGUGUGUAAAUAAAAGAAACCAGAAUAGAUAUGCAAUGUUGGUGCCUCUGCUGUAGUGUUAAACUGGAAGCAAUAGAUACAAUAGAUUUGUAGUGUUUUUUUUUUUUUUUUUGAAUGAAUGAAUAUUAUAUUUGAUGGAAGGGAAAUGAUUCAAUUGCUGAAAACACAGAGCUGUGAAUUGAGUCUAAUUAUCUCUUACAGGAGUUACUCACAUGCUAACUAUCAAGACAUAAGAUAACAGCCCUCGGUUUGCGUUAUAGAGCUAAUCAGGGCUUAUUAAACUUUUGUCAGUAUUUUGAUCAAACAGUUUCCGUUCCAAAGAGUUUUUAAUAUGUAAAUGGCACCGAUUCAAACAAGCUGUUUAACACUUGAUAAGAUUAAGCUACAUUUUUAUCCAGCACAACGUACAGAUUACUGUAUUUACAGUCUGUUGUUACUGUACAUGGUUUUUAUUAUUAUUAUUAUUAUUAUUAUUUUUUAAAUAGUUAGUCAUAGUUUAGAGGCAGUCGCUGAAAAUGAAGGGGGGAAGCAGGUAUUACUUUCUAAAGAUAAGGCUAAUUAGGUUAGACUGUUUCAGGCGAACAUGCAACUAUGCGAACUUCAUAUGCAGAUUAUUUUACUGUCCUGUUUUAAAACUGGAAAUCAACAUAAUCCACAGUGAACCGUCCAAACUCGAAACCGGAUGUCAUCAUGUAUUUCCGAUGAAGAUAAAAGUUUUACACAAAAAAAAAAAAAAUCAACAGAAAACACAAACAGACACCAUCCCGACCUUGUAGCAUUUGCGCCAGAACACUGUUUAGACUAUUUUGAUGAUGAUUAAAAGGCAGUAUUUUGUAUCAUUGGGUGACAUGAGCGAUGUUACAGCAGUUUUUUUUUGCAGGCUUUGUACAGAGUAAAGACUAUAUAAUCACUCAGGUGACAUGCUGGUUGUUGUUUAUUAAAGUGCGACCACAUAAAUUGAUGCAUUUUAUUUUACACGCAUUUCCGUUAAAAAAUUAGCCCGAAGUCACGUAUUAAGUGACAUUUUUUUAACUCAGCUAACUCAUGGUCUCGAUACAUUAUGGACGCACCCUAUUAAAAAUAACCAGUGUCACCUUUGAAAGGGAUAAUAUGAAGAACUUGGGUAUAUUUGAGAAUGGCACAGUAUCCAUGUGUGCCUUUAUAACAAUGUUGCAGACUGUUUCUCAUGCAUUGUUUACAGAUAUGUAUAAAGUGAUAAUACAUACUGUACUUUUGUUCUUUUCGGUUUUUUUUUUUUUCCCCUCUGUCGAUUACAGAAACCUGCAUUUGUGUCGUUUAUUUUCGAGGCAUUUUGGAAGGACAGGAACUGUCCUGUAUGCAUAUGUACCUACCAUUACAGAUUCCUCCUUGUCAAUUUAUUUUCACAGUGUUGAGUAGAAACAUAGACAAAACAAAAAGCUGCUGUGUAAAGUGCAAGGUGUGGGGAAAAGGUUUGCUGUGUUAUGAUUCCUAGUGUUCGUUUCUCUUGUAUGUCUCUGUUCAGCUUGUACGUUUAGGGAGGCUGCACUGAAAUGUGAAAUAAAGAUCAUCUGACAUAA